UAAUGAUGAGAAAGGUGGGGAGGGGCAUGUGGUGGCUUUCAAUCAAUUGAAGUAUAUGGAGCUUGAUGGGUUGACAAGGUUGAGAAGUUUCAGCUCAAGUGGAUACACUUUCAUGUUCCCGCUCUUGGAAGAUAUCAUCGUGACUAGGUGUCCCAACAUGAAGUUUUUCUCUCAAGGACCAAUAGAGACAUCAAAGUUAAAGAGAGUUCAAGUAACAAAGGAAAAGUGGUUUUGGGCGGGAAACCUCAACAUCACCAUCCAAAAUAUGUUUGAAGAAAUGGGCACGUUUGCUGGAGUAGAGAAAAUGCUGCUAUCUGACUUCCCUUGGCUGAUUGGAAAAUGGCACAGUGAACUUAAUCCCAUCAAGUCGUAUUGGCAAUUAAAAUCAAUGGUGGUAGAUAAAUGUCCAUCAUUUGUUAAUGCUAUUCCAUCCAAAUUGAUGCUUGUCCUAGACAAUCUAGACUAUUUGCAAGUGCGCAACUGCGAGUUGCUUGAAGAAAUAUUUGAUUUGGAAGGGCUAGAGGUUGUGGAAAGCACUCGAAUACUACCUCAGCUACAGGAAUUGGACUUAGUCAAUCUACCAAAAUUAGGGCGACUGUGGAACAGAGAUCUUCAAGAAUCAAUAUGCUUCGAUUCUCUAGCUACUCUCAUCCUUUACAAUUGCGGUAACUUGGGACAUGCUUUUACUUCAUCAAUGGCUCAGUGCCUUGCCAAUCUUUGUUGGAUGGAAAUAAAGGAGUGUGGUCAAAUGGAAGAAGUGAUCGUAGAGGAAGAAGGGCGAAGCACAAAGGAGAAGAUUACAUUCCCGAAGCUCGAAGAUGAAAUUGAAUGGUUGCCCAAUUUGACUUGUUUCCUUUCUGGAAAAAAUAAUAUGCUAGAAUGCCCCAAAUUAGAAGUGAUGAUAAUUGCCCAUUGUCCUAAGAUGGAAAGUUUGAUUAGGCAAUCUCAUAUGGAGGAUGACCACGGCACCCCUUCAUUUUUCACUUCCCAGCCGCCCGACCUUCUCCCCUCCUCCGUUGUCGCCAACGGCGGAGUCACUGGCGCUUUGAUUAGGCUGACCCUCGCUAUGUCCAAGCCGAGCAUGGCCGGCUUCCUCUGUUUUGUCCGUCUCAUCGUUCUACAGAUCUCGAAAUUUGGCCAUCCAUAG